AUGGAAACAUUAUACCAUCAGACAAAUCAAUUGCUGCAAGAAACUACAGAUCUUUUUAAUAAAUUAGAGAGAGAUCCAGCCAAUCACCAACAAAUAGAAAAUGCAAUUCAAUCAAAGAUAAACACAGUCAAUGCGAACUGUGAAAAACUAGAUAUUUAUGUUUUUAAAACACCAAUAAAUCAAAGGUCUAUGGCUAAAAUGAGAGUGGACCAGCUGAAGUAUGAUAACAAACACAUACAGGCUUCUCUAAUAAAUGCCCAAAACAAAAGACAAAAACGGGAACAAGAAUUAGCUGAAAGGGAACAACUUUUGAACCGGCGUUUUGGACAUGAUCAUACAGAAAUAAAUGUAGACUACUUAGCUCAAGAGCAAGCGUCUUUGCAGAAUUCACAUAGACAUGUCGAUGAUAUGUUGCAUACAGGUACGAAUAUUUUAAACACGCUAAAAUAUAACAGAGACACGAUCAAGAGUGCCCAUAGGAGGAUCAUCGAUUUGGCCAAUACCCUGGGCUUGUCUAAUGCGACUAUCUCACUGAUAGAACGCAGAGUUUCCCAGGACAAAUAUAUUUUGUUUGGCGGAAUGAUAUUCACUUUGGGUGUUAUCGUUCUUGUUGUUAUGUACUUGACGUAGCAUUUAUGGCGUACUUUGAAAUACUAGUGCUGUGUAUUUAAUGUUUAUAUGUAGUUUAAGAAAAAAACGACAACUCCGAGGGUUGAAGAGACUAAAGCCGCCAACAACGGUAUUAACACUGGUAUUGCCAAUGUCUACGAGCGAUGAUGAUCACUCGUCAUUCGAUGUUCAUUGAUAUAAAUAUGAUAAUGUAUCAAAAGUUCGCUUUCGAGUUUAGGGUGUGUUUCGAGAAGUAAACGUUAUGUAAUAAGUUAAAUAUGCUUUUUUGUUGGCAAAUAUCUUUUUUUUAUUUUUAUAAUGAUAUGUUAUCAUUUGGAAUAAUUGUGGAAAUCAUUCGCGAUAAGGUCGAGUACAAAAAAAUUGUGGCCGUCUCAGAAACGAACCACAGAUUAUUCGCAUGACUACAAGUGCAUGCUUUAGCGAUGAUGAUAAUAAUAAUAGAAUUGAUUGAAACGGUAUCACAUGUUGUUUAGUAUUUUUAUACAACUAAUUAUUAUUGUACUUUAAUUUAUUGUUAAACCUAAGUUGAAAGUUUUGUUAGUGAAAUAACAUUCCCCUGCUAAUAUAAGUUAUGAAGCUUUUCCGGACACUCGAGGAAUUCCAUAUUCAUCUAGUGGACAUCUUGCGACAUUGGUGCAAUUGCCGCAACUUAAAACAAUGUACGGAAGGUGAAUACAAUAAAGCAUUCGUAAUAAAACUUCUAUAAACAUUUAUUUUAUUGGAUAUUGUUAUGUUUGUUGUAAACAUUAAGGAAUGUAAUUCGUUAAGUAUUAUUUUAUUAAAAUUUUACACAAA